AUGUCCGACCGUCACAACCGACUCACCCCUGAGGACAUCGCCCGAAUGCGCCAGAGCGCGGCAGCGGAUCCAGCUUACAGACCCCGAUCACGACCUCAGUCUGCUGCCGCAGGAAGCCAGCACCAGGGCUCUCGAGAGUCCCACGCACAGCCUCAACCACCCGGUCGACCAUCUUCCGAGCCCGCGGGUCACCAUCAACGUCCGUCAAAUGGCCCCUUCAAGCCACCCUUGGAGCCCAUCGCCGACGACUCGCCAAGAAAUCCGCGUCCACCACCGGGAGGAUUCCGACAACCCCCUCAAGGUCCAUCGGCUGAACCUCCUGAGCAUGGUGAUCCCCCAAGGCAUACAACAGGGGGUGGGACUACAAGUAAUCGCCAGAAUGAGCAGGCUCACUCUCGGCCACCCCACCAAGACUCCACGGGCCAGUGUAGACAGUCCCGCUCUCAAACAGCGGGCCGGGCUUUUCACGGUGAUAUUCACCGAGUCCCGGACCACGACAACAACCAGCACAAGAAACCCCCUCCCCCCAGAUCCGAGGCCUCCAGUGGCUAUACCAACCAGACAGACCCUGGUAAAAUACAUGAGCAUCAACAUACCAAGCAUGGCCAUGGUCAUGAUCCACACGAGUGCCGUGACCAGGAGCCCCCCCCCCUUCGUUCUCAUCCUGGAUUCUACUCAAAGCAGGGCCACCAACCACCCCCUGAUAAGCAGGCUCCUUCCCCCUAUUCAGAGGACAACACUUCAGAAGGCUACUUUAAGCCGCACAACACCCGGCCGCAGACUGACGAAAGCCACCGAUCUCGACCCCCUCCCUUUUCCGCUUCGAACACCAUGUUGGGGAUGGGGCCCUUGCUACCACCUGACUCCCUGAAAUGGGUUAUGUGGAUCAUUAUUUCGGUCGGUACGAUUAUACUCAUCUACUUCUUCGCCAUCAAGUGGAGCAUCAUCGACGUCAAGGACGGCCUCGUUUCUCUGGUCCCUGCUUUGGUAUAUGGCACGUUCAGAGCAGUCAAAGAUCUUCUCUAUGCCACUGGAGAAAUCUUUUCCGAUGCUGUUUCUGCCACGUAUGGAGGAGCCAAGACUUUUCUGUAUGAAGUCGGAGAAGUGGCCUCUGACAUGCUCGGAGGAGUCUCUGGCGUCACACAUGACAUGCUUGGAGCAGCCGCUGGCUUCGCAUCUUCCGCGUGGGCGGUGGCUUCGGCUGCGUUUGCAUCUCAACAGCAGCGGCCCAGGGGUCCUGCAGUGAUCAAUGUUGCCCCUCCCAACCCCCUCAUUGAUACGUGGGCCCCAGGAAUCCAGGUGGCCCAAUCCAUGGCGAAGCAAGUGGGUAGUUUCCUCAAGGUGACGGAAAGAAACACGGUCAAGGAUCAGAAGAUCAAGCAGGUGCGUCAGCGCAACGAAGAGUACACAAAAGAACUCGCAUCUACGCUCGCCGACAACUACCUCUGGGUUGAUUUCCUUGUCAAGGAUAUCGAGAAUCAUCCCCUGAGCGUGUCAUGCUGGCCCACCCCGAGCAACCAGUCGUACUCAUGGUUCGGCGGCUUCAAAGUUUCUCAAUGUCGUCGCAGACUCGUCGAUCAGCUGUAA